AUGUCAGAGGCCCCAGAUGGAAAUUUAGAGUAUUCGCAGGAUAUUGUUUCGCAUGUGGACUUAAAGAGGGGGCUUCAAACAACCCAAAAUGGAUCAAGACGGGCUGGAAACAGUUUCCGUGUGAAUAAUGACAAACCGGCUAAUUACAAGGGCACCGGGCGAGCUGGAUCUCGUUCUCCGCAUAAACGACAGCGUUCGAGCGGUGUCGAAAGGAUGGAAACGGUGCGGGAUGAAUUGGAGAAAACUCCAACGAAACGUCGCAGUCCAGAGACACCGAAACGACGGGGAAGACCCAAGAAGGUGAAACUGGAGUUGGAGGAUGAGUUAGAAGACGACGAAGAACAUAGUGCUGUCCCCAAAAUUGAAGACACCGAUUUUAAGCUUGAUGAAUCGCCUGUCAAGACACCUCGGGUUUUCGCAUCUCCUUCCAAAUCCCCCUCUAAGCCCAUUCUAACACAGUCACCUUUCAAAAUCACAUUGAACAAAAAUUUCGUACCGACACGUCUCCCUACGGAAAACGAUUAUCAAGCACCACCAGAGCGGCACUUAACGUAUUUUUUCGAUGGAUUCGAAGGAUACAUCGAUCAGAAAAAACCUAUCAGAAAGAGCAAAAAAUCGACUCAUUCCAUGGCCAUGGCGCCUAUGGUCACGCGACAGCAGUAUUCUCUCAUCACUUCAGUGUUGAACUCGGUCUUGCACCGAUCUCGAAAGGCCAAAUUACGCGAAAUUCAAGAAACUAUGUUCCCGCAGUUUUGGUUCGAGCUUACGCAAGGUUUCUCGUUACUGUUUUACGGCGUUGGGUCCAAGAAACAAUUGCUCGAAGAUUUUGCAUUGAAAUUCUUGUCUCGAAAACUGGCUCUUCAGCUCCCCGAAGUACAAGAAUCUUCAGCGAAUUCGACCUUCGAAGGCGUGCCCUGCGUGAUAGUUAACGGCUACAACCCUACUUGUAAUUACAGAGACGUUUUCCACUCCAUUUCCCAGAUCAUGCUGCCGCAAGAAUUGAGCAAAACGGAGACCAAAUACUGGAGCAAUCACGUCGAAUUGCAAAUGAAUAAAAUGAUUGAAGUGUACCAGGACAUGCCACUGGAUGUGAGACUUAUAUUAUUAGUCCACAAUAUCGACGGCCCUGCGUUGCGCAAAGAUGUGUUCCAAAACAUCCUGAGCUUUGUGUCUCGCGUCCGCCAAAUCGCGCUCGUAGCAUCGGCGGACCACAUCCACGCGCCGCUGCUGUGGGACCACGUCCGCACCCAAAACUACAAUUUUGUUUUCCACGACGUGACAAAUUACGAGAACUACGCAAUUGAAACCUCUUUCGGGGAUGCCAUGAAAAUUGGUCGCAGCGAUCAAGGUACUGGUGCCGAGGGUGCUCGCUACGUGCUUGAAUCGCUCACGGUAAACUCUAAACGCAUGUUCAAACUAUUGAUCGAAAAUCAACUGGCCUCUAUGAAAUCCCACAAAAAAACCCAAGCAACGACGCGUGGCUCCAAUCCGCACGGCAUAGAGUUCAAGCAAUUUUACCACAUGUGCGCAGCGGAAUUCAUCGCGUCGAAUGAGAUCUCUUUACGAACAAUGUUACGCGAAUUCAUUGAGCACAAAAUGACAGUGAUUUCAAAAGACCGGUCAGGCGUUGAAAGCAUAUAUGUUCCCUACACAUUUGCAGAGAUGGAAGCACUACUAAGGGACGUUUUGGACUUAUGA